AUGGAGGCCCACACCUUUCAGUUUGGGCGGAAUCAUGGAAGACCUGCCAGUGGGGUUGGAUUGGAUUAUGUCUACUUUGAGAAUUCCUCCAGCAACCCCUACCUAAUCAGAAGAAUAGAAGAACUUAACAAGACUGCAAGUGGAAACGUGGAAGCAAAAGUAGUGUGCUUUUACAGACGACGUGAUAUUUCCAACACGCUUAUAAUGCUUGCGGAUAAGCAUGCUAAAGAAAUUGAGGAAGAGUCUGAAACGACAGUUGAGGCUGACUUGACUGAUAAACAGAAACAUCAACUGAAACACAGGGAACUCUUUUUGUCCCGCCAGUACGAAUCCCUGCCUGCAACACAUAUCAGGGGAAAAUGCAGUGUUGCCCUACUGAAUGAGACAGAAUCGGUACUUUCGUACCUUGAUAAAGAGGAUGCCUUCUUCUACUCACUGGUGUAUGACCCUUCCAUGAAAACGUUAUUAGCUGACAAAGGGGAAAUCAGAGUGGGCCCCAGAUACCAAGCCGACAUUCCAGAAAUGCUCCUAGAAGGAGACUCAGAUGAGAGGGAACAAUCAAAAUUGGAAGUUAAAGUUUGGGAUCCCAAUAGUCCACUUACGGAUCGACAGAUUGACCAGUUUUUAGUUGUAGCUCGUGCUGUUGGGACAUUUGCUCGAGCCCUGGAUUGCAGCAGUUCCGUGAGACAGCCCAGCUUGCACAUGAGCGCCGCCGCAGCUUCCCGAGACAUCACCUUGUUUCACGCUAUGGAUACAUUGUACAGACACGGCUAUGAUUUGAGCAGUGCAAUCAGUGUCUUGGUACCUCUUGGAGGACCUGUUUUAUGCAGAGAUGAAAUGGAAGAAUGGUCAGCCUCCGAAGCGAGCUUAUUUGAAGAAGCACUGGAAAAAUACGGCAAAGACUUUAAUGACAUACGUCAGGACUUUCUCCCAUGGAAGUCCUUGACUAGCAUCAUUGAAUACUAUUACAUGUGGAAGACUACUGACAGAUACGUGCAGCAGAAACGCCUAAAAGCAGCAGAAGCAGAGAGCAAGCUGAAACAGGUCUACAUCCCAACUUACAGCAAACCAAAUCCCAACCAAAUGUCCACCAGCAAUGGCAAGCCUGGCACUGUGAAUGGAGCUGUGGGGACCACGUUCCAGCCCCAGAAUCCCCUCUUAGGGCGAGCCUGUGAGAGCUGCUAUGCUACACAGUCUCACCAGUGGUACUCCUGGGGUCCACCCAAUAUGCAGUGUAGAUUGUGUGCAACUUGUUGGCUGUAUUGGAAAAAAUAUGGAGGUCUGAAAAUGCCUACCCAGUCAGAAGAAGAGAAGUUAUCGCCCAGCCCUACUGCAGAGGACCCCCGUGUUAGAAGUCACCUUUCCCGGCAGGCCAUGCAGGGGAUGCCAGUCCGGAACACAGGGAGUCCAAAGUCUGCAGUGAAGACCCGCCAAGCUUUCUUCCUUCAUACUACGUAUUUCACAAAAUUUGCUCGUCAGGUCUGCAAAAAUACCCUUCGGUUGCGGCAGGCAGCAAGACGGCCAUUUGUUGCUAUUAAUUAUGCUGCCAUUAGGGCAGAAUAUGCAGACAGACAUGCCGAACUAUCUGGAAGCCCACUGAAAAGCAAAAGCACUAGGAAGCCUUUGGCAUGUAUCAUUGGGUAUUUAGAGAUCCAUCCUGCAAAGAAACCUAAUGUACUUCGAUCUACACCAAGUCUGCAAACUCCAGCUACCAAGAGGAUGCUAACCACUCCGAAUCACACAUCUCUGAGCAUCCUGGGGAAAAGAAAUUACAGUCAUCACAAUGGCCUGGAUGGGCCGGAGCGAUGGCUCAGCAGGUAAAGGCACCAGCCACCAAGCCUGACGACCUGAGUUCAAGGAUCACAUGCUGGAAGGAGAGAACCAACUCCUGCAAGUGUCCUCUGACCCUCUACACGUGCACUGUGGUAUGCAUGUGCCUACACACACACACACACACACACACACACAUACACACACACACACACACACACA